AAAGAGGGAUUUAAAACUCUGCCCAGUUGGCUGUUGAUUAGCCUUUCUCUCUUUGUGUGGGUGUGUUUUGGGGCUUAUGCUAUGUCACCGUCAGUGUGUGUGCAACUGAGCCAAGCUUUGCAGUUUGACCUAUAGCUGCACAUUCCUUUCAGCUCACAUCAAAGCUGCCUGGGAGAGCGAGAGCGAGAGAGAGGAUAGAGCGAGGGGGAGAGAGAAAGAGAGAGAGAGAGUGAGAGAGGACUGUGCUCAUAGUGUAGUUAGGGGCUUAAAGGAGAAACAGGCAACAAAGGAUAAGAGGUUGUGGAGAAGCAGCUCUGAGCGUGGAGACAUCAGCAGGAACUGACAGAUUCCUCACCGCCUGUCUGCUGUUGCUGCUAUCUCAUCUACCUGCUCAGUUCAAGCAUGUUGCUGUCUUUCCUGGCUUUGUGUUGUGGCGGAGCAGCUGUUCUGUAUGGCCUGUACUCCUGGCUGAUCCCUGCAGCUGUGCAGUACAACGCAUGGUGGGCCCUGCUCUGGCACGACGCCAUUGUAGAGAGGGCUCUCAACACCCUCACCCGAUCCACCCGACCCCAGCGUCUUCUGAGAGCUGUUCAAAAGAAGGCCAUCAAAGGAGACCCUCAGAGUGUCAUCUCUACUAUCGAUUACUUCUGCAGGCAUUCUGAAUGGGCCAUGAAUGUGGGAGAUGAGAAAGGGGUCAUCUUGGACUCUGUGGUGUGCGAGGUUAGUCCAUCCACUGCCCUGGAGCUGGGUACGUACUGUGGCUACUCCACUGUGCGUAUUGCCCGCCUGCUGCCCCCUGGCACCAAGCUCAUUACCCUGGAAUUCAACCCAGACUAUGCCGCUGUGGCUCGCCAGAUCAUUGAGUAUUCUGGGCUCCAGGACAAGAUUUGUCUGGUGGAAGGAGCCUCAGGAGAUCUAAUCCCCAAGAUGCAGGAGCUAUUUGGGAUUAAAACGUUUGAUUUUGUCUUCUUGGACCACUGGAAAGACCGCUACCUGCCCGAUAUCAAACUUCUGGAGGAGUGUCAGCUGCUGAGGAAAGGCUCCAUACUGCUGGCAGACAACGUCAUCUGUCCUGGAACCCCUGACUACUUGGAGUAUGUCAGAAACAGCCCCCGCUACGAGAGCAAAUAUUUCAAAUCCCACCUGGAGUACACUAAAGUAGAGGAUGGCCUGGAGAAAUCUGUGUUCUUGGGAUAAAGACGUGACAGGCCUUGGUUCAGAUUCAAUAACGCCUACCACACCAAUGUUUAUGCAGUGUCUUUGUUUACUGAACUACUGCCCAUGCACACACUAAGGAGUGGCACUGUGAAAACAAAACAUCUAUCCGUUAGGGUCUGUGCUAUCCGGGAUCCUUGGGACGUCCCUGCCCCAUUGAAGUUGACAUUUAAAAUGGUUAAGGUAAGUGUUAAGGUUAGGGUUGGUUAAGGGUUAUGGUUAGAGUUAGAGUUAAGGUUUAGGGUAGGGACGUCCCAAGGAUUCCGGAUAGCACUGACCUAUCUGUAAGGGAGGCCUUCCUGCUACUUUUAGAGGGCCCAGAACCAUUUUGACUCUACUGCGUAAAUACUGCAAUGUGGGUUUAAUUGAAUUGAGCUCUCUGUAUCCUUCUGUCUGCUAUAGUGGAGUACAAAAGGAAGACCGGGUGUAUUGGCCCUCUUCACAAAGCCUUUAUUUGACGGUUUAAAACUACUUAGUGUUGUGUAACAGUAGUCAAACCAACCUUAAUAAAAUCAGGAAGUCAUCUUAUUAGAAUAUUUCUGAUGUGAUUACAGUAAAAUGCAGUGCUUUACAUUAUAUUCUUUAUGCUUCA